AUGCGAUCCAUACUCCCAGUCCCAACUCCACCACCCGAAUUAUGCCCUUACUCUCGCGCAUCAGCCAGUCAAGCAUCCGCCGAUGUCAUCCCAUUGCUCGUUGACGACACAUACCACGUCUUCCACCUCAGCACACCACCAUCCACAAAGCACCAUCCUCAGCGACUGAGAACAACAUGGUCACGCUUGCGAUCAACGAACCUCCUCGAAUGGGAACGGGACCCACAGCCUGUGAUAUCCCCCGCGGAGUCGAGUACCGACCCUGACGCAGAUGGCGUCUGGACGGGAUGCGCCGUGCUCGAUUUGGACCAGAACAUGAACAUAUUCUAUACUGGAUAUAAUUUGUCUCGAAACGGCCAGCAGACCAUUCUUCGCACCAAGGCAUUUGACCGACAUGGUACAAGAUUCGACUCGACAUCACAGCCAAUCAAUAUUCUUGGCAAUGGGCUGGAUAAGUUUGAACGUAUCGACUUUCGAGAUCCGUUUGUCUUUUUCAACCGCGCUGAAGGAAGAUACUGGAUGCUUGUUGGCACUCGUCUCGCCAAUGGCCCGUAUUGGAGUCGUGGAUGCAUCGCCCUGUUGACUUCCCCCGAUCUCGAGGCCUGGACGGUAUCCCCUGAGCCUCUGUACGCCCCCAACGACGUCUUCUGCCCCGAAUGCCCAGAGUUGUUCACGCUGCCAAAUGGAAAGUGGUAUCUCGUAUACUCGCGCUUCCACGCACCAAAUGCAGGAACAGUAUACCGCAUGGCCGACACUCCGUAUGGUCCUUUUCGCGUCCCGCGCGAUGGAUCCCAUGGACGCUUAGAUGGACGCCGUUGGUAUGCAGCCAAAUCAUGCCCAAAGGCUAGAGACUCUGACAAGAGGAUCUGCUUCGGCUGGAUUGGCGACUAUGCGGAUGACGAGAACAAAUGGCUCUGGGGAGGUGAUCUCGCUAUUACGAGAGUCAUGUGGGCAGACACCAACGCCUGUCUGCGCAUUGAUGCUUCCCAAGAGUUUCGGAGUUACAUAUGGCGAACCUCGAGACCUGUGUCGCCGGGCGAUGCUGCUCCCAGCUUGUAUCUCUGCUCUCUCGGGACGACAGCGACGCAUUAUCCCGAGCUGGGCUCUGCAGAAUGGAAGAGACAUCUCAUGGUGGACUUUAAAAUCGCAGCCUGCGAUGCUCACACUUUUGGAGUCAUGUUGCAAGUUGAUAGCACUGGAAAGGGUCAUCGCUUGCAGUUCACUCCUCAAGGAAAUGGCUUCUUUUCUGUCGCACUCAUGACCGACUUCCCUCCCCUGGAUGAUUUCUGGGCUGACCAAUACCGUAUGCACAUUCCACGACCUGUCGAUGGUCCUGAGCUUGUGCGACAUGACAACGUCAGUCUUGUAGAUGGUGUCUUCCUCUUUUUGAGAGGACAAAUAGUGGAAGUCUUUUGCGGUGGGCGAGCGCUGAGCUUUCGACUACCGAUACCGCCCAACUGGACAGACAGCGACCGCUGUGGCGUCCGCAGGUUGGGAUGGUAUGUGGAAGAUGGCAUGGUUGAUUUGGUUGACAUUAAUAUGCGUCAUUCGAUGUGUGUUAAGGACGGCCUGGCCGAGUCGGACAAUCUCGAAGACGCCGAGUAA